UCAAUAACAAGAAGAACGACAAAAAAAGUUCCAAGUCACUGGCUCCAAUUAUCCAAGCCGCAAGUUGUCCACCUGCCUCGACUUUGCUCUUUGUCUAUGUAGCAACGGCAGUAGCAGCAUCCGGCGAACCUACGUGGGAAAAAGGAGAGAGAUGUGUGUGGUAGGAUGUAUAUGAACGGCGCGUUCCCGAGAGAGUAUGGCGUUAUAAUAUCGGGAGGUGGCGUGUGCGUAUGGCGCGGCGAAAGUGCAGGUAUAUAUGCGGCUGAUUGCCGCUUGCUCCGGUCAGUGGAUCCAACGGUUUUCGCCAUGAGAGUACAGGUAAUUCUCUUCUCAGCGCUGAUGACAGCAGUCUCGGCCCGGCCCGAGAAGGCCGAUGCCAAAAAGUCCGAGGAGAAAUCAACCGACAGUAAAACCAAACGCGGCCUUUUUGACGUUGGUCUUGGUCAUGACUUUGGUGGUUUCGGUGGUGGCUUAGAAUUAAGCCAUGCUUCGCUACAUCACGACGAGGGCCAUAUAACCGGCGUGACCAUUCACAAAGAAGUAAAAGUACCAGUACCCGCACCAUACCCAGUCGAGAAGGAAAUUCCCGUACCAUACCCAGUUCACGUGAAGGUCCCAGUCGACAGACCUGUCCCAUACCACGUACCUGCUCCGUACCCAGUCCCAGUGGAAAAACACAUUCCUGUGCCCGUCGAGAAGCCAGUUCCGUAUCCAGUGCACGUGCCUGUGAAGGUAGCCGUCGAGGAGCCCUACCCAGUACACGUGCCUUACAAGGUACCGGUCGCAGUGGAAAAGCCCCUUCCAUACCCUGUCAAGGUACCGUACGUCGUUAAAGAGUCGUACCCAGUUUUCGUAAAGGACCAUCACCACGAACAUCACUUUAGCGACUUCCAUGGCUUCCACUGAUGCGUGUGUUUUCUCCAAUUGGUUGGCCGUUGUAAAUAAUGAGUGAGCGACUGCGCGUGACGUAAAAAGUAAAUCAACAAAAAUACUCGCUCCCGGCGAGUACCACUUCUCCUGAAUUCGUUUUUCCGCUUGGCGCUGCGGUAUUUGGAUUUUUGUACAACAAGCCAGGCGGAUGAUUGGCCGCUCAAAUACGAACAUAUACAUGUAAUGUUUGAACAAGCGGA